AUGAAACCGCCACAGUUUCAUGGGGGAUUAGAUUCGUUAAAGGCAGAAACAUGGGUCCUCGACAUUGAAAAGCUAUUUGAAGUGUUCCCUUGUUCAAAGACACAGAAAGUAUUGUUAGCCACUUUUACUCUUGAAGAUAAGGCAAGAAGGUUGUGGAUGCUAAUGCGUGAAAACAACAAGGAUAUUGGUUGGGCACGGUUCUUGGAGAUUUUCUAUGACAAAUACUUUCCACAGUGUGUUCGUGACAGAAAGGUGUCAGAAUUUAUGGAACGUAAACAAAACAGCAUGACUGUAGCUGAGUAUGAGGCCAAGUUCACUGAAUUGGCUAGGUUUGCACCGCAUGUGGUCGACACCGAUGACAAGAAAGCGAGACAUUUCGAAGGGGGACUCCGAGAUGAUAUUCUGGAAAAAGUGAAUGUUCUCAAACUGGAGACCUAUAUUGAGGUGUUAGACCGAGCCAUAAUAUCUAAAGCUAACAUAGCCAGACAAGCUACAUCAACAACUGGCUGGAAGGGUAGUAAAAGACAAGGCUUCUUUUCGAAGAAGAAAUUUUCAAAGAAGCAGAAUAUAGGCUCCUCAACUACUUCUAACUCUUCCCGAGACACAUCUCCAAUGUGCAAUAUUUGCAGUAAAAGGCAUCGCGGAGUUUGUUACCGUAUGUCAAGGGCUUGUUUUAAAUGUGGUAAAACGGGACAUAUGGCCAGAGAGUGUAACUAG